UGUAGAUGACGGACACGUGACAGAAAGUCUGUCCCGGACUCCCAGUACAGUAGAUUCCAAGAUGGCUGCAAGCAAUUAUUAUGGAUUCACGCAUGGUGCCGGUCCUCAGUACAGCGUUCAGCCUCCACCAGCCUAUGCCCAUCCCACCACAGCCAGCUACAAUGUCCAGCCGGCCCCUACCGUGGCCCAUGCAGUGACUGCCUCCUAUGCUCCUGCCCCUGCACAACCAGCCAGGCCUGUUGCCUCUGCCUACCCGGUGGCCUACCAGACCCACGCUACCCCCCCAGACUAUGGCUACCGGCAGCCGGACCCCACGCCCCAACCCACCACCACCCCACAGACAUACCAGCUACCGAUAUACACUGAAACGGAUAACUACAGUUACGGACGCCUGCCUGCAGCCACUAGUUAUGAGACUAAGCAAUACUACCAGACUAGUAUAGCUCCAGCCCAUCGGACGCCAACAGAAGCUUACUACCAGACAGGCGUGAAGAGUGGCUACAGUCCAGUCAGCACAGUAUACAGCCAGCCGCCACCACCACAGAGGCAUGUCACAACUUUAAAGCCUCUGGCCCCUGCCAGCUCAGCGUCCACCAGCUACAACAUCUACCCAGUGUCCACCAGUGUACAGCAGCCCCCCAUCUCGUCUUACACCCCCUGCUCGUCCUUCAGCUCCACAGCUGGCACCUACUCUGGCGUCAGCUACUCUACUUAUGAUUCAAGUGGCUACACUUCCACCCCCUCAUACUACCAGCCUGCCCAGCUACCACCUCCUCAGCCCCAGCCGCCCCCGCAGCAGUCCCAUCCGCCUCCCAAGCAGCUCACCAGCUCCUCCUGGAGCAAUGCGGGCAGCAACAUGGUGGCUGCUCCCACGGUCAACGCCUACAAGAAGCCCAUGUUCCACCAGAACAAGCUUCAGAAGCCGAAAGCACCGCCCAAGCAACCCCAGCUGCACUACUGCGACAUCUGCAAGAUCAGCUGUGCUGGACCGCAGACGUACCGAGAGCACCUCGAGGGCCAGAAGCACAAGAAGAAGGAUGCAGCUCUGAAGUCUGGCAGCGCAGGGGGGAGCAACGGGCCCCGGGGGAUUCAGACCCAGCUACGCUGUGAACUAUGUGACAUUGCCUGCACUGGCGUAGACGCGUACGCUGCCCAUAUCCGAGGGGCCAAGCACCAGAAGGUGGUGAAGCUCCACACCAAACUAGGCAAACCUAUACCUUCAACUGAGCCUGUUUUAGUGAACAAUGCUCCAAUUAUCUCAACGUCGACAGCUGGGAAGACAACCCCUAUUGUUACGGCAACUGCUCCGGUAGCGCCACCCAAACUGGUGGUCGUAAACGCCACCAAGGCCCCAGCACCUGUGAAGAAGCCAGUCGCACCCAAAAUAACCCUUCUUGCCAACAAGUCGGCCACCCCUCCAGUAGCCAAGGAGAAUGAAGCCAAGCAGUCAGCAACAGUGUCAAAGAGUGAGACCACGAGUGACGAUGAGGACGGGGAUGGAGUGGGGAGGCAGGGCGACGUCCAGCCUGUAGGACAUGACUAUGUGGAGGAGGUGCGUAAUGAUGAUGGGAAGGUAAUUCGCUUCCACUGUAAACUCUGUGAAUGCAGUUUCAAUGACCCCAAUGCUAAAGACAUGCACCUGAAGGGACGCAGACACCGGCUGCAGUACAAGAAGAAGGUGAACCCAGAGCUGCCGGUGGAGAUCAAGCCCAGUAAUCGGGCCAGAAAGCUGCAAGAGGGCAAACUGAGGAAGCAGAAGGCUGUGCUGAAGAGACAGCGGGAUGACGAGCAGCGCUGGCACUUGGAGAUGAGGUCAGAGCCAGACGGCAGCUGGCACACAGAGAUGAGCCGCUAUGAGGAGGACAUGUACUGGAGGAGGAGGGAGGAGGAGCAGUUGUACUGGGGGGAGCAGAGGCACAUGAUGCCCCCCCCUCCACUCAUGAGCCGGCCCGGCAUGCCAGUUCCCCCCCUACUGCAGCCUGUGCGUCGGCCGGACUCCCCAGACGACCGCCACAUCAUGGCCAAACACUCCACCAUCUACCCUGUGGAGGAGGAGCUGCAGGCGGUGCAGAGGAUCGUCUCCCACACUGAGAGAGCCCUCAAACUGGUGUCUGUCUCCCUGCUGGAGAAAGAGCCUCCGUCGGCUGCUCCGUCGGCUGCUCCGUCGGCUGCUCCGUCGGCUGCUCCGUCGGCUGCUCCUUCGGCUGCUACAGAGGCUGAUGCUGGAGAGAAAGGACCGGACAACCAGGCGGCCCGUAUGCUGAAGGGGGUGAUGAGGGUGGGCAUCCUGGCCAAGGGCCUGCUGCUCCAUGGGGAUAGGAACGUGGAGCUCAUUCUGCUGGCUGCCAAGAAGCCCACCCUCUCUCUGCUGAAGGACAUUGCUGAGCAGCUGCCCAAAGAAAUGGCGCCAUUUUCUGAAGAUCAGUAUGAGGUGAAGGCUCACCCUGAGGAAGCCAACAUCGUGAUUUUUUCGAGCAAGGAGCCAAAAAUGCAGGUCACCAUCUCUCUAACCUCGCCACUGAUGAGGGAGGACCCUGCCCCUGACAAGGAGGAAAAGGCAGGAGACAAAGCGGCUGAGAAAGGGGUGCCUGAGAAAGACCCUGCUGAUGUUCUGAACCAGAACAAGUGCCUGGAAUACCUAGCUGCUCUGAGACACGCCAAGUGGUUCCAGGCUCGUGCCAAUGGUCUUCAGUCCUGUGUGAUCAUCAUUAGAGUGUUACGGGAUCUUUGCCAGCGAGUGCCAACAUGGGGCAAGAUGUCAUCCUGGGCUAUGGAGCUGCUGGUAGAGAAGGCCAUCAGCAGUGCCACAGGGCCCCUCAGCCCAGGGGAAGCCAUGCGUAGGGUCCUGGAAUGUAUCGCUACUGGCAUCCUACUGCCAGACGGUCCUGGGCUGCUGGACCCCUGUGAGAAACACCAAACCGAUGCUCUGUGGAGCAUGACCAAACAAGCCAGGGAAGACAUUACUGCCAGCGCACAGCAUGCUCUGCGACUGCUGGCGUUCCGUCAGAUCCACAAGGUUCUGGGGAUGGAUUCCCUGCCGGCGUCCAAGGCCAGCGCUCGGAACCGUAAGCGCAGAAGGGACGGGAGCGAGACAGGGGAGGGGGAGGUCAAGAAAGACAAGAAGGAGGAUACAGAAGAGGUGGAUGCUUGAUCUCUGACAGAGCAGUGUUAGCUUGGAUGGCAGUCUGGUUUUGCUUCUAAUGUUGGCAUGAUAAUGAUAGAGUAAAACAAACAUAUCAGCACCCAGGCUAUAGCAGGUUAGUCGUCUAUACUGGCAGAAUGUCACAUCCUUUACAUUUAUUUUUAAUUUUCAGAAUCUAUAUGAAUAUAACUGACUUAGUUGUAACUUGUAUGUCUCCACUAGAAGGAAUGGGAUAGGAAAGGUAAAGAUGAUUUACUCUUAAAAUUGUGCUGAAAAUUGGCUUUAACGUCAGACUGACUUACUGAGGUUUCUAGGAGCUAAUGACUGAUAGUCUGGUCCCAGAUCUGUAUGUGCUUCAUGACAACAAUCAUAAGAGGAGUUUGCUAAAGCACAUACUGAUCUGGAACCAGGCUAAAUGAUUGCAUCAUUCCAUUUCCAGAAUAUUUGCCCACUCAACUUCUGAAGCCCUCCCAUUUACAGUACUUGUACCAACCACUGUUCCUUACAUUGUUUUGUAUGUACUGUAAGGACUUUUCCCCCCUGCUUUUCUUAUUGAAGAGAAGAUGUAAUCAUUUACUGUACAGGCCAGUUAUAUACUGAAGACUGCAGGAGUUACUAAUUUAGGUACAUAUAUUGGGUUUAUUUUCAUCCUGCCCACAGCUGGCAGCACCCAAAUAAUCAUCACUUCAGAGCGCAGCUGCACAGGACCAGAUCGUAAUGCCCAUGGUCAAUUUGGUUUGACAUUUGAUAUCGCUAUGGGGUUAGUUAGGGACCUUCAGUAAAUUACACAAUGUACAUGGGACAACAUUUAAAAAUAUCAAUAGCUCCAAAUUUCAAUGACUUGACAUCAAACCAACUAUACAUUUUAGAAAUGAAUAUACAAAUAUUGAAAUAAUUUAAAGAGAACAGGUGUGCAACAUGAAGUUAUUGUCUCAUUUACAUUGUGUAAUUUAUUGACAGUCCCUAACUAGCUCCACAGACAGGCAAUCCAAAGUCAACCCAAUUUUGCCACAGUUGCACACCAGGCGGCUGAAGCGACUUGGUGAAAGAUGUUGGCUAACUUACUAGCAAGACUACUUCGAGACAUGGUUAGACUGGUUCAAGUUAUCUAGAAGGGUGAGUGAAUGUAACUGUACUGUUUUGGCAUAGUAAAAGUACAAAUACUUCCCAUGUUCAAACACAAGACGAGUAACCCACAUCAAAGCACGCCUCCGAAACCGUUCUGUCGCAUUUCCUAAUGAGACUUGAAACCAAGUUCAGCCCCCCUUUAAAGACCGACAUUAGUACAUUAAAGUAAGUUUUUUUAAAAUGUACAGUUCAUUGUGCCAAAAUUGCAGGCAAUGACAAAUAAAAUGCUAAAGCUGUAAAGAGCCACUCUGAAAACAGCGCUUUGAAAAGCACUCUCUCUGUGUAGUCUAAAGAUGUCUAUAAAUUUGUCAGACACCUGAAAAAAAAAAAUCUGCAUUUUUGAAGAUGUGAUUGAUUGCACCACAAAACGCUUUUAAGGAAAUCACAGGGUUAUAGAAUGUUUUGUUUAAGAGGAGUUGACAGAUAGCUCCUAUGUUGCACAGUCUGUCUAGCAUGCUAUGAGAAUAAAGUUCUUAUGAAAUGA